AUGAGACUGUUCGCAGUGAUUUUCUGGCUAGGCUGGGCUUUUGGCCAAGCCAGUGCCAAGACCUCGGGUUCGGAGUCCCCCAGACUGCUAGCCUCUCUCCAAGCAGCUCCAGCACCGGCGCCAGCACAAAGUGUGAUCUACAAAAUACCAGCGCAACACUACUACCCACCACCUCCACCUCCUCCGCAGCCUCAGCACUGCAGCUGUCCACCGGGACCACCUGGCCCGCCGGGCCCACCAGGAUUGCCUGGAGUACCUGGUGAACCGGGUCCCAAGGGACACAGUGGGUCGAAGGGCGAACGAGGGGAGAAGGGAGACCGCGGACAUUAUGGAUUACCGGGCGCACCAGGACUUCCGGGACCCAUUGGACCACCUGGUCUGCCCGGCCCACCCGGUCACAAAUCGAAAAAUGAUCACCAUGACCACGACCAUGACCACGACCACGGUCACCACCACCACCAUCACCAUUCCCAGCCACCACCACCACUACCACCAUCUCGACCACCACCACCACCACCAAUCCUGCCGCCUCCAAUUAUAGUUCCCAUUCCGAUACCAGCCCCGCAGGAAGGCGGCUAUGAUCAUCACCACAAGGGAUCCAAGGGACCACCCGGACCUCCAGGCCCACCGGGAAUGGGAUCACCUGGUCUUCCAGGGCCACCUGGCAAUACGUAUCCACAGCCACCUCCACCUCCUCCGCCUCCGCCUCCACCACCGUCUCAGCCAGCGUAUCCACCCUUCCCGUAUCCUUACCCCCCACCCGGACCCUAUCCCGGUCCAGGUUCUUGGAUUCCCGUGCCAGUUCCAGUGGCAUGGCCAUCGAAAGGACUCAAGGGCGACAAGGGUCACAAAGGAGGCAACAAGGGAGACAAGGGCGGACACCACCAUCACUACUAUCCACCAGGACACAACAAGGGCGGUCAAUAUCCGUAUCCUCCCUACAGCGGUGGACAUGGUGGCCACCAUCAACCAGCUCCUUAUCCGCCACCUUACCCGCCGCCUUACCCUCCUCCUUACCCACCGCACUAUCCACACGACGGUGGUGACAACGGGCAUCAUAACCAUCAUCCGUCCCACAACAAUGGAGGAGGCAAUGGUGGGCACUACCAUCACCAUCCGUCCAACAAUCAAGGAGGAGUCAAGGAGGAGGUAAUGGUGGGCACAACCAACACCAUCCGUCCCACAAUCAAGGAGGAGGUAAUGGUGGGCACAACCAAUACCAUCCGUCCCACAAUCAAGGAGGAGGCAAUAACGGGAACAACCAACAUCAUCCUUCCCACAAUAAUGGAGGAGGAAACGAUGGGCACAGCCAACAUCAUCCGUCCCACAAUCAAGGAGGAGGUAAUGGUGGGCACAACCAACACCAUCCGUCCCACAAUCAAGGAGGAGGCAAUAACGGGAACAACCAACACCAUCCUUCCCACAAUAAUGGAGGAGGAAACGAUGGGCACAGCCAAUAUCAUCCUUCCCACAAUCAAGGAGGAGGAAACGACGGGCACAGCCAACAUCAUCCGUCCCACAAUAAUGGAGGAGGAAACGACGGGCACAGCCAACAUCAUCCGUCCCACAAUCAUGGAGGAGGAAACGAUGGGCAUAACCAACAUCAUCCUUCCAACAAUCAUGGAGGAGGAAACGAUGGGCAUAACCAACAUCAUCCUUCCCACAAUCAAGGAGAAGGAAACGACGGGCACAGCCAACAUCAUUCGUCCCACAAUCAUGGAGGAGGAAACAAUGGGCACAGCCAACAUCAUCCAUCCCACAAUCAUGGAGAAGGAAACGACGGGCACAGCCAACAUCAUCCUUCCCAUAAUCAUGGAGGAGGAAACGAUGGGCAUAACCAACAUCAUCCUUCCCACAAUCAUGGAGAAGGAAACGAUGGGCACAGCCAACAUCAUCCGUCCCACAAUCAUGGUGGAGGAAACGACGGGCACAGCCAACAUCAUCCAUCCCACAAUCAUGGAGAAGGAAACGAUGGGCACAGCCAACAUCAUCCAUCCCACAAUAAUGGAGGAGGAGGAGACGACGGGCACAACCAACAUCAUCAAACUAAUGCAAAUGGUGGACACAAAGAAACCCUCUGAGCCAGAAGGCAGUGGCGAGCAAGUUCCCCGGGAUGAUCUGGAACUGCUGGAUGAAGAUGUGGAGAUCGUUGAGAACAUAGUCGAUGACAAUGACUUUAUGGAGGGCGAGGAAGAACAGCCUUAUGAGGAAAAUGAUACCGAAACGGAACCCGAGGAUGCAGGCUAUUUAGAUAACACAGUGGAGAAUGAAACAUCUCCUGAUUCAGUUGAAGAACCAAUUGAGGAAAAUACAACUAUGGGUGCAGAAAACUAUUUCGAGCCAGGUGAAGAGGAAGAAUUGAUAGAGGAAGAACCUAUAACGGAGGAUCAGAUGGACAUGGUGAUGGAUAACCAGUCCUUUGAGGGAUACACGAUCGAAGAGCGAAACAACAAAAGGCCAAUUAUCCUGGCCGUUGGAACUCCUAGAAAUCCAUUUCACAUUUAUGCCUAUGAACAGUAUAAUUAA